AUGGCCAACUUCGUGUUGAUAUUGUCUUGUUUGUCAAUCCUAUCAGCAAUACGAGGAAAUGAGGCUGUCCAAUACACUGUCACGAACAACGCAGCCACCACUCCAGGCGGUGUUCGGUUUGUGAGGGAUAUCGGGAUCCAAUGUACCCUACAAGCCAUGAAUGCCUCCACAGGCUUCAUCUGGAGGACCUUCCAGCAGAGCUCCGCUGCUGAUCAGAAAAAUGUGCAGAAAGUGAACUUAUUUAUUGAUGACAUGAGCGGGGUGGCAUAUACCAGCAACGACCAGAUUCAUGUCAGCGCCAGGUACAUUCAGGGUUACGGAGGUGCUGUGAAAAACGAAUUCACUGGCGUCUUGUACCAUGAAAUGACCCACGUGUGGCAGUGGAAUGGUGGCGGGCAGGCACCGGGUGGUCUGAUAGAAGGAAUAGCCGAUUUUGUUAGACUGAAAGCUGGUUAUGCCCCGAGCCACUGGGUGAAGCCCGGGCAAGGUGACCGGUGGGAUCAAGGCUACGACGUGACAGCCAGGUUUCUCGAUUACUGCAACAGCCUCAAAAACGGCUUUGUGGCUCAACUCAACAAGAAGAUGAGAGGUGGUUACAGCAACAAUUACUUUGUGGAGUUGCUGGGGAAGACAGUAGAUCAAGUCUGGAAGGACUACAAAGCUAAGUAUGCAUAGUUGGUUAUGACUUUUCAUCGCAGCGGAUUAUUAACCAUCUGCUGCUUGAAUAAGAAAAAUAUACGAUGCCGUUCGUUUGUAUACGUAACAUAAUGCUACAAUAUAAUAAAUGUGGAAGGCUAGAUGAUGCGUUUUGUGACAUAA